UGUGUCUUGAACUCUGAAGAGAAGGAAACAUUAUCACGCACACCACGAUUCCAAUGGCGUCGAUUCUUGGAGAUUUGCCUUCCUUCGAUCCUCACAAUUUCAGUCAACAUCGUCCCUCUGAUCCUUCUAAUCCCUCUAGGAUGAUUCCUACAACUUAUCGUCCUACACACAACCGUACACUUCCACCACCAGAUCAAGUGAUAACUACGGAAGUGAAAAACAUACUUAUACGCAGCUUCUAUCAACGAGCUGAAGAGAAGUUGAGACCAAAGAGACCGGCUUCAGACCAUCUGGCAGCCGAGCAUGGGAACAAGCAUUUCCGCGCUGCUGCGUCUUCUUCGUCAACUACUCAGGGAUUAUAAAAAACUUUCCCUGCUUCAAAGCCUUGUAAGUUGUAACAAUGGUCCUUUGAAUGUGUUCUUAUUAGUGUUUUCAAUGUAGAGAAAAAAGAUAAGAGCAAUUCACGAGUGGAAUGUACAUAACAUUGAUGUUUCUUUUAUAUUUUACUACAUAACAUUGAUGUUUCUUUUAUAUU